CAGUGUCAUAUUUAUUUGUUUAAAGGGUUAUGUCAGUAGUCAAUUGAUUAAAAUUUAUACUGCUACGCAAAGAUUUUCAAAGUCCAACAUCAGUAAGUGAAACUGAAACAUAUUUCUUGUAUUUUUUCAUCAAAAUUUUUGUAUACAUUCAAAAAUAAAUUUAAGAAAAUCUUUGGAGAAAAUGUCACAAGCAACACAAGCACAAAUCGAUGAAUUACGAAGCCUGUUUCAAGCAAAAUUUGAAGAAACAUAUUCAUCAAAAGAAGAUGCGUUUCAUCCGAAUGAUUUAGCUCGUAUUAAUAAUGGUGAUUCCUGGCUAGGACGUUUUAUAGAUCACCAUGAUGGGAAUGUAUCAGAAGCUUUAAAUAUGUUAUGGGAAACUUUAGAAUGGCGUAAAAAAUUUGGAACUAACGACAUUUCUGAAAGUAAUGUGCGUAUGGAAUACUUAAUAGAUGGUAGUAUUUUUACAAGAAAUAGAGAUAAAGAUGGAUGCAGGCUGUUUAUAUUUAAAUCUAAGAAACACUACAAAGGCCAGAAAGAUUUUGAUGAGCUAAAACGUUGUGUUGUUUAUUGGUUUGAACGUUUAGAAAAAAUGGAUAAUGGAAAACAUAUCACGUUAUUUUUUGAUAUGGCUGAUACUGGUUUAUCCAACAUGGAUAUGGAAUUUACAAAAUAUUUAAUAAGUUUAUUUAAACAAUAUUAUCCAAAUUUCUUAAAUUAUAUUCUUAUAUUUGAAAUGCCUUGGGUGCUUAAUGCUGCAUUUAAAAUAAUUAAAUCAUGGUUGCCAGAAAAAGCUGUAGAAAAAAUUAAAUUUGUAAAUAAGAAAACUUUAUCCACAUAUGUUGAACCCGAACAAGCAUUAAAAUGUUGGGGUGGUUUAGACGAUUAUACAUUCACUUUCGUGCCAUUUGAAUUUGAAAAUACAACAGGCGAUAUGAAAGAUAGUAAUUCAAAUGACGGGGGUAAUAAUAAGAAGGUGCACUUUGCUGAUGGUUCACAACUUUCAAAUAAUAUUUCAGAGAAAUAUGAAGCUAAUCCAAAUGCCAUUCUUUUAAUAAAUCCUCCAGAAGUGAUUACAUUUAGCAGUGACGGAGGUGAUUUGCAUGGUUCGUUAACAAUAACAAAUAAAAGUAAACAGAUAAUUUCUUAUAAGGUAAAAACAACAUCACCAGAAAAGUUUCGAGUACGCCCAAGUUCAGGAUGCCUGAGCGAAGGUGAAAAUGUUACAAUUAAUGUUGCAUUACAACCUGGUUUUCAACUAGGUGGUUUAUCAAGAGACAAAUUUUUAGUGAUGUGUAUGAAUGUGGAUAAUGUAAAUAUGUCUGUGAGUGAUAUUAACGAAUUGUGGAAAAAUAACGCUGGCAAACAAAUCGAACAACAUCGUUUACGUUGCGGUGAACCACAGAAUUUAACGGCAAAUCGCAAUGGUAUAUCAAUAUUAAACACCUCCGGCGAUGUAUCCAAACAAUUGAACAGUGUGAUCAGUUCUGUACAAAAACUUCAUAAUUCACAAGAACAUUUACAAAGGUCUAUAAAACGAAUAGAAAUCUUACAAUUAUUAAAUCUUAUAUUAUUUAUAACAAUAUCUGUAAUAUUUUUGUAUAUGUUACAAAAUGAACUAUCGUUAGAGCGGGGCGGAGGUGGUGCUUCAUCGAGUAUGUGUUACAGAGAAUAAAUCGUUUUUUUAUAUAUUUGUAUUGAAUAUAUUUUGGAUGUGUGCAACGUGUUUUAUUUGAGGGCGCUCUUUCAUGAACAUUAAUGAAGUAUGACAGAAAUCUGCUGAACAGAAUGUUAUACACUUUAAUAUGUGUUCACACUGAAAAUUUAGAGAAAUGUGCCAAAUUUGUUUAAUUAAUUUUGGUCUUAUGAAACUACCGGGAAUUACAUUAUCUUUAAAAUACAUAAAUCCAACAUUAUCUUU